AUGCCAGACGCCGAAUCUAACCGCAAGAGGUCGCGCUCGCCCUCCGACAACGAGCAGCAGAAAACCUACAAGCGUGCCAACACGGGCGCAACCGCCGUGGAUGGCUCAUCGGCCAACGCCACGGGUCCCGUUUCCCAGUCCUCAGAUAUCAGCAUGGCCGACUCUGGACUAGCCACCAGCACCAAGCAGGCGAAUGACACAAAUUCAUCUACUCCCAAUUCAAGUCGCAACGAUGCUAAGAAGGACGACCAGAAGACCGCCCCUUCAGGCGACAAUAAGGACUCAGCGACUACAACGGGCGAACCUUCUUCUUCAUCGACCACGACAGCUGCUCCCUCUGCCAACAUUCAUAUGCGCUGUUUGAUCGUUACCCAAGACGCUUCCAUCAUCAUUGGUAAAGGCGGGUCCCAUGUCAAUGAAAUCCGCGAGAAGAGUGGUGCUCGAGUGAUGGUUUCAGAGAGCAUUCCUGGUAACCCAGAACGUAUUCUCAAUGUCAGCGGUCCUCUCGAUGCAGUGUCAAAGGCUUUUGGGCUCAUCGUACGGAGGAUUAAUGAUGAACCAUUUGAUGUGCCUUCAGUUCCGGGAAGCCGUGCUGUCACCAUCAAAUUCAUGAUUCCCAACUCCAGAAUGGGAUCCGUCAUUGGCAAACAAGGUUCCAAAAUCAAGGAAAUUCAAGAUGCUAGUGGUGCCAGGCUCAACGCCAGUGAAGGGAUGCUUCCAGGCUCGACAGAGAGGGUUCUCAGUGUAGCUGGUGUCGCUGAUGCCAUCCAUAUAGCAACGUACUACAUCGGAAAUAUCCUCAUCGAAGCACAAGAAAAAAUGCCUUCUUAUGCCAAUUCUAAUUCUAGCUACCGUCCUUCCAAUAACCCACGUGGCAACGGACGCUCUGGUGGAGGAGGCCCCGGAGGUUCCUCAUAUGUUCCUCAGGGAGGAUACAAUCCUGGUUCAACCUAUGCACCUCACAACCCCCCUACACAACUACAGACCCAGCAAAUCUACAUACCUAAUGAUUUGGUGGGUUGUAUUAUUGGCAAAGGGGGCAGUAAAAUCAAUGAGAUACGACACAUGAGUGCCAGCCAGAUCAAAAUUAUGGAACCUGGCGCUGUAGGGCAAGGUGUGAAUGGUGCCCCUGCCCCUGCUGGCCAAGAAGGGGAGAGAUUAGUGGUUAUCACUGGCCAGCCAGCAAACAUUCAGAUGGCGGUUCAGCUCCUCUAUCACCGAUUAGAGCAGGAGAAACAGAAGCAACUUCGAGUGACUUCGAAUCAGAGUUAA